CUUCGGGACUCCAAUACCGCGUGAUGAAGUCAGGCCCUGAGGGUGGUCCCUCUCCCAAGGUUAGCACACCCUGUGAUGUACACUACGCCGGUAGAACCAUUGACGGCAAAGAGUUCGACUCAUCCAUCAAGAGAGGCCAGCCUACGCGAUUCGCUCCCAACCAGGUCAUCAAAGGCUGGACGGAGGCCAUGCAGCUGAUGAAGGAGGGCGAUAAGUAUGAGCUGACCAUCCCGUCCGAGCUUGCGUAUGGAGACCGCGGCGCAGGUGGCAAGAUCCCCGGAGGAGCCGUUCUUGUGUUUGAGAUGGAGAUCAUCAAGGUCCUUCCCAAUCGAGGCGAACUAUAAAUUAAUCUAGAAACCUACUCAUUAGACGAGCUGUGUUGUAGAAGUACGGUGCGGUUAUUUGAAGUUUAAUAAGGCCGUUUAAACUCGAGAGCGACCCAGCAAUCAUUGUAUGCACUCAGACUUAACGUUUGGUGGGAUAUCUUACUUUACCAAGCCCGGAGAAAGGCCCGUCUGCCACCAUCAUCAAAAGACAUUGGGACUUCCGCAUUAUGCUAUGUUUUUGACAUCGAUUGUCUUUCCUACUUAUCGAUCUGAAUGUUCGCGUGUAUGAUUGUGUGCGCAUCAAAACACCAAGCCAUUGACCUUCAUUACAAAAACUUAUCCUAGUCGUGACUUCGAUGAUGUCGGUGCGAGUGCGGUGGGUACUUAGACGGAAAAAAUUAAGUAAGCAUCAUUGUUUAGACUCGAACAUAGUCGGCUAGUUUCAAGAUAGUUUUCAUUCGAAACCUUCUUGCAUAUUAGAUUAGAUAUUUUAAAAGUCGCAGUUGGGUUCACUUGAUUCUAUGCAACCCAUCCGAUACCGGUUUUUGCACUUAACAUGAACACCUCGGGCUGGCCGUGGGGCUGGUUUAUGUAAAGUGGCAGUACCAUCCUCAUAUACGGCCCUUGUCUUCACACAAUCGUCACCAUCUUCCUGUACGAGUCUAGACGUCUUCUUACCUAACCCCGUUUCGAUGCUACCUCUAAGUGUACGGCUGAAGAUAUCGUUUCAGCCGAAGGCAUAUACUCUGCAGAUACAAACAUAGCGCUCCAAGUUUCCCGGAUUGUUUCACUAGUUCAAGGUCUUUGAGUUCACGACACUUUUUACUCUUCGAAUGGACAUUUGGUGCAUGAAUUUUCAACGACGUAUUAUCGUUCUGAACUACCUUAGGUUGUCCACUGUAUAAUAAAACGAUACGCCGA